GAGACUGAGAGGCCAAGACAACACGAGGGCCGUUGAUUUUGAUUAAAUAAGUCUCCAUGUGGGCUACUGUAGCUAAACAUUUAUUACGGAGCAAAGUCCGUCUGUGUUCAUUAAAUGUUCAAAGGAACAAAAAAUUUCCUUGCAGCUUCCUGGUGCAAAUUUCUCGAGGACAACACAGUGCUCCUGUCUAUGACCAGACUGCUCACACUGAGACCAUGAUCCAGCACAUUGAGGUAUUGGAUUCUGAACGCCUUGUCUGCGUACACUGGAAGGAUGCAGGGCAAAGUCUAUACCCGUAUGUAUGGCUGAGAGACAACUGCCAGUGUCCUAAAUGCUUCCUGCGGUCUGCCAAAGCCAGAAAACUUCCCAUUGAGGAUCUGGAUGUAAACACUGGACUGGAUAAAGUGAAUCUCUACAACGGAAAGAAGGUAAUCAUUACUUGGCCAGAUGAGCACCAGAGUGAGUUCGAUGCCGAAUGGCUGAAGAAGCGGUGUUUUUCAAAAGAAGCACGAGCAGAAAUGCAAGAGGAGCUGUUUUUGCCAGAGCAUGACUACUGGGGUAGCAAUCUGAAAAUCCCUACGUUGUCUUAUGAAGAAGUCCUACGCUGUGACCCGACUGCCUACAACUGGUUGUGCACAUUGAAAAAAUCUGGAAUUGUGCUCUUGGACGGAGCACCUGUCAGAAAAGGAGAGUUGGUUACACUUGGAAAGAGGAUUGGAUACAUGAGACAUACGUUUUAUGGAUAUACUUGGCAAGUCCAAGACAAAGUAGAUGCCAACAACGUGGCCUACACAUCUGGAAAAUUAAGUCUACACACGGAUUAUCCAGCUCUCCAUUAUCCUCCAGGAGUACAGUUUCUUCACUGUUUAAAACAAUCUGAAACUGGAGGUGAGAGUGAAGUGGUAGACGGGUUCCAUGUCUGCAACAAACUAAAAGAACAGAAUCCAGAUGCUUUCCGAAUCCUCACGUCUACACAGAUCGACUUUACAGACAUUGGAGUUGAUUACUGUGAUUUUUCCCUCCAGUCCAAACAACGAAUAAUAGAACUAGAUCAGAAUGGUGAACUUCUGAGAAUUAAUCUUAAUAAUGCAACACGGGACUCAAUACUCAACAUACCAGCAGAGAAGGUGCAGCCUUUUUACUCCUCCUUAAAAGAGUUUGUCAAUCUUCUGAAUAGACCCGAGAAUAUAUUCUGCUUCAAAAUGAAACCAGGUCAAGUGAUAACAUUUGACAACUGGAGGAUUAUGCACGGGCGGAGGAGCUACCAAUCUGGGACGGAUGUUUCCCGUCAUCUUGAGGGCUCUUACCUUGAUUGGGAUGUUGUGAUGUCCAGACUGAGAGCCCUAAAGACCAAGUUGCAAACUUCAAACUGAUUUAAGUUCACAUGAACUAAUAAUACUAAGACAAUAAAUUAUGUUUAUAACAAAUCACAUUAUUUUUCUUGUAUUGCUAU